AUGGCUUCCAGUUCACUUCUUCGCAGGGCGCUAUUUUAUGUCCCGGCAUCAUCCCCAAAACACAUCGCAAAGUCCUUGACUCUAAAAUCAGACAACGUGACGUACGAUCUCGAGGAUUCUGUGUCUCUUAGCAGCAAGGACGCCGCGCUUGGGAACCUACUCGGCCACCUCAGAUCCCUUGACGGGCGGCCACGUUCCAUUCGUGAGGUGGCAGCGCGCGUUAACCCUGUCCAAACUGCCCAGGGCAGCAGGGAGCUCACCGCGCUGGCUGCGCUCCCUCUGGUGGACGCCAUCCUCCUCCCCAAGGUCGACUCUAGCCGCGAGGUUUUGGAAGCCGCACAGCUGGUUGACGCAGCAGAUUUGAAGCGGAGAGACGCUUUUGAAACGCUGCGGCAAAGGCAGAUCAGCCGAGGCAUCAACAACAAUGCCAGUGACAACAACUAUCGGCGCAUCUCGCUAAUUGCCCUUGUCGAGUCUGCCCGGGCCAUCGAGGACCUGCGCGAGAUAUGCACCGCCCUCCAUGGUAGAGAGUCUGACUCGGGCGAACCGCUGGCGCAAUUGUCCGGCCUCGUGUUUGGCGCCGAGGACUUUGCGCGGGACUUGAGCAUCACGAGGACGCCGUCCCUGGCCGAGUUCCAGUACGCUCGCAGCAAGAUGGUGACAGCAGCCCGUGCUUACGACAUCCCAAGCAUCAUCGACCUUGUCUGCACCUCCUACAAGGAGCCUGCCCGGCUCGAGGAGGAGUGCCGGAACGGUAGGGGCAUGGGAUUCAGCGGGAAGCAGGUCAUACACCCGGGACAGCUCGAGACGGUGAACAGCUUGUUCGGCGUGUCGGAUGCGGAGGCCGAAUGGGCUGUCCGGAUAGUUGUUGCCAACACCAAGGCCGAGGCACAAGGCCGCGGGGCCUGGGCCAUGGACAACCAGAUGAUCGAUGCGCCAGUCAUCGGGAGGGCUCAGGCGCUGGUCGAGAGGGCAAGGCUUUGCGGGAUAGAUGCCGAUGCUCUGAUGGAGAAGUGGAAAGAUCAGCAGCCUGAGUAG